UUUCACUUUUUACUCCUCUUCUUUUGAAGUAUAAGCAAAGAAAACCCUAACCUAACCAAUCAUCAAAUAUCCAUUCUCCUUUUUCAUGUAUACCAUUCUUAUUCCCAACCCAAGGUGAAGCACUACCAGUACCACCAUGGAAUCUCAUCAUUCGACCAAUAUCGAUUGUAGUUCUAAGGUUGACGCGUCCCGUCCCUUCCGCUCCGUCAAAGAAGCCGUGGCCAUCUACGACGAGCGGCUUCUUCUGGGAGAAUUUUUCUCUCCAAAGCCUUGCGUGAACAUCCCCAAGCAAGAAACUUCGUGGAACUUCUCACCAAUUCCUACAGAGUCUAAACUUGAAGAUCUUAAUGAUCACCGCUCUAUUUUAGAUACCCUGAAGAAGCUGGAGGCCGAGCUCAAGGAAACGAAGGUGGAGCUGAAGUUGUUGAAGGAGAGAGAGUCCGAAACUGAGGUCGCAUUGGCUUCUCUGAACGCCGAGCUUCACAAGAACAUGUCAAAGUUGGCCGAGGCCGAAGCCGCUGCGGCAGCAAAGGCAGUGGCUGCGAGAGAGAUGAUGAGUGUGGAGAGAGCAAGUAGUAGGAUAAGAGAGGAAGAUAGGAAGAGGGAGUUAAUGUCUAGUAUGGAGGACUCACCCACUCUGGCUCAAAUAUUAAGCUUUGGUAAGGAAGGAUAUUCUGGAAUAGAGAAGAAGAGGAUGAAGAAGAAGCCUAUUAUUCCUCUGUUGGGAGAUUUAUUUUCCAGGAAAAAACGUUCAUCUACUGCUCUGCGUUGCAAAAAGCCCAUUGGAAUUUGGAGUCAAGCCCACCCAAAAACCGACAUCGCUUGCGAAGGGCCUAGAUAGCAAGGCAUGCAUGCGACACCAUCCCACCGAUGGCCAACCGCAACAAGAUCAAAGA